UGGGCAAACUACGGCCCGCGGGCCACAUACGGCCCGUUAGGCUUUUUAAUCCGGCCCGCCGAACUUGUCCAAAUUAUAGUAAAAACCUCCUUUUUUCCCCUUUCCCUGCAAUGCCCACGUUUCCCCAAUAGAUGGCGCACUCAAAACACAUUGACCGUUGUUGGAGUGGCGCGUAUUUCUCUUUAUUUCACUUUAAUUUUCACUUCGUUUCACGUCACCAUUAAGCCCUUCUGUGAAAAUGAGCGGACCAAAGAGAAGGAAAGUGGACAGCGAAUGCCGAGUGUUUAAUAAGGAGUGGACAACAAAAUACUUCUUCACUGAAGUCCGAUCAACGGCUGUAUGUCUGAUAUGCCAAGAAGCUGUUGCGGUUUUCAAAGAGUACAAUAUCAGCCGUCACUUUGCCACGAAGCAUGCAAACUAUGCUAGCAAGCAGUCAACACAAGAACGGGCGGCUACUGCUCAGAGGUUGGCAGCUAAUUUACAGAGUCAACAGAACUUUUUUCACCGACAAACUGCAAUUCAAGAGUCAAGUACCAAGGCAAGUUAUUUGCUGGCAUUCAAAUUAGCAAAGGCUGGCAAGCCUUUCUCCGAAGGCGAGUUUUUGAAAGAGUGCAUGGUAGAGACAGCAGGUCUCUUGUGUCCGGAGAGCAAAGCCAAGUUUGAAAAAAUCAGUUUAGCACACAGGACAGUGACUCGCCGCGUGGAACUGAUUGACGAAGAUAUAGUCAGCGAGUUAAACAAAAAGGCGGAGUCCUUUAAGUUAUAUUCACUAGCACUGGAUGAAAGUAACGACAUAAAAGACACUGCUCAGCUACUAAUUUUUAUCCGAGGGAUUAACGACAGUUUUGAGAUAACGGAGGAGCUUUUGAGCAUGGAAUCACUGAAAGGGAAAACGCGAGGAGAGGACUUAUAUGAACAGGUGUCUGCUGUCAUCGAGAGAAUGAAGCUACCUUGGAGUAAACUUGCCAAUGUCACCACGGAUUGAUCGCCAAAUUUAACUGGAAAAAACAUCGGGCUGCUGAAAAGAAUCCAGGAUAAAGUGAAAGAAGAAAACCCUGACCAGGAUGUUAUUUUACUUCACUGCAUCAUUCAUCAGGAGUCUCUGUGUAAGUCUGUAUUGCAGCUUAAUCACGUCGUGGAUCCAGUUGUAAAACUUGUUAACUUCAUACGAGCAAGGAAUCAUCGUCAGUUCAUUA